AUGAUACAUCUAAGGCCUAGAGGGCCUGGUCCUCCUAAUCCUUUCUUCCAACCGGAGGUUGAAGGAGGGGGGCAGCAACAACAAUACUUAGAACCUCAAGUCAACAGACAACAAAUAAUGAACAUUAUACAAGAAAUGUAUGGUCCAGGCUUGAGAAGGCCAGAUAGACCAAUGUUUAGGAGUCCUUACCCUCCAUGGAUGGAAACAAUUCCCAUUCCAAGGAAUUACAGAAUUCCUGAGUUUACUUUAUUCAUAGAGGAGGAAAGACAAUCAACCAUAGAACAUGUGGGCAGAUUCAUACUCCAGUGUGGAGAACUUGGUUAUGAUGAUAAUUUAAAGUUAAAUCUCUUUCCUCAUUCUUUGUUGAAAGUGGCAUUUACUUGGUUUAUUAACUUGCCAGAGAACUCUGUUCACACUUGGCAAGACAUGGAAAAUCAGUUUCAUGCUCAGUUCUUUAGAACUGAACCUGAAAUGACCAUGGUGGACUUGUCAAAAUUUAAACAAAGACAAGGAGAAAGUGCAGAACAGUAUAUUGACAGGUUUAAAAAACUAAAAAAUCGCUGUCAUGUAUACAUGCCUGAAAUAGAAAUAAUAAGAUUAGCCCAAAAUGGUUUAGAUUUUGAGCUUAGGAAAAAAUUUGAAGGCAUGAUGUUUAGGAAUUUAUUCGAGUUGUCUUCAAGGGCAACUAGUUAUGAGGCCAUUCUCAGAGAAGAACAACAUAGAAAUGCAGCUUCAUCAGGCACUUAUUAUCAAGAAGUCGAAUUUGACAUGGAAGUUGACAUAGAUGUUGCCCAAGUAAUAGGUAAAAAACCUGUGGUUUGUGAGACAUUAAGAAAGACAGACCAACCUGUAAGCAUGCCAGCAACACAACCAGCCAAAAAGAAUGUGGCUGUAUCACAUAGACAAUAUUCUUUUGAUUUGUCUAAGGCAGAUGCAUUAUUUGAUGAGUUGUUAACAAAUAAGUUUUUAACUCUAACUCCAGGCCACAACAUUCCUAAAGAAAGGGACAGAGUUGGCAAGGAAUAUUGCAAAUGGCAUAAUUCUUUCAGACAUUUUACUAAUAAUUGUGUUACAUUUCGUAAUUGUGUGCAGGAUUUAAUUCAGAAAGGGAUGUUGAAAUAUGCCGAAAAAGAUAAAGAAGUAAUGGCAGUUGACAGUGAUCCAUUUCCUAGUAUGGUGGAAAUCAAUAUGGUGGCUACUGAUCAAAAGAAAAAAGGAAAAAAUCCUAGAGUUCUGUUGGUGGAGUUGGAAAAACUUCACAAGGAAAGGCUGGAGAAAAUGGCAAAAUAA